AUUAUGUAUAGCAGAGCCUCUGUGGCUUUUGUACAAAAAGUGUUCAGCUUUCCUACUAAAUUUCAGUAGACCCUAUUCUAAACAAAUCCAGACAUGUCGAUGAAUGAUGUAGUCAUAAUACAAUCUGAUCACUGCUUUACUUAACUUUUCAAAAAUUAUUAAGAGGAAAUAGUGACCCACAAAGCAUGUGUUUCUUAUAAUGAGCCCCCUGCACUAUAAAUACUAUGAGGCUCACAGGCAACAAUAUGUCUUGUUGUUGUUCUUUCUAACUGAACUUGAAGUUUCUGCCAUCAAUCCAUCAUGUGUUUCAGAACUUGAGCUGCGAAGUGUGGUGGGUACUGAGACCAUGGGAAAUAACAACGUCACUGGACAACAAGUAUCAGAAGAGAUCAUUAAUGGAGCUGGCAAAACCGUUGAACCUUCAAAUAGUUCAACUGGGCCCAACCGCACAAACAGUGAGACAAACAAUGAGAACGAUGGCACUGAGGAUGUCAGCUGGUCAAAAUCCUCAAAGGAACCUAUCAUUACCAAUGCUGAAGACAUGCAGGUGGCCUCAUAUCAAAAUAUUUCAUCAGAUAAGACUAAAGGCUUAGAUGAGAAAAACAAAAGCUCAAUUCAGUAUAACACAUCAACACGAGAUGAUCAGAGCAGUAACUUACAUACAGGUGAUGAACCAUUGAGGAAAGAAGCAACUGAAACAGCCAUAUUUUCUUCCGAAAUAAUUGCUCUUGUCAGUACCACUGAAGAUGUGACAAGUUACAAGGAUAGUUCAAUCUCUAAUGAAAAAAUUGUACCACUUAUGCAUGGGACUACAGAUACAAAUGAAGAAACUAUCCAAGGCAACUACAAAUCAUUGUUACAAGAAAAAUUAGUAGGUUCACUAGAAGAACAGGAAGAAACUAGCAGUCAUGACAAUUCCCCCAUGGGUGGUAGUCUAGCUGGUGAAGAUACAACUGAGAACUUAGAACAAGGAUACAUUGAGGUGCCAACAGUAGAGGAUAAAUUGGUGGCAAUGCAAGGAGAAACUACAUCAUCAACUGAAUCAAUUGUCAGCACUUAUCUUGAUGCUGAUGACUCUGAGAUCAAGGAAGUUGUUAUAGAAGAUAAGUCUGGACAAAGAGAGAGUCGACCAGAUGUGCAAUUAUUAGAUGGCACAAACGUAGAGACAUCCAAGAAUGACAACAUGCAAAUACAAAUAGAAAUACCACAUGACAAGGAAGAAAACAGAGCAAUAAGCAAAACUGCAACAGUAAAGCUUAUGAUUGGAAGUGAUGAGGUACUUGAGGAUGAUAAUAAUAUCCAUGGAUUGGAAAAUCAGGAUGAAGAUAACACAACAAAUACAUUAUGUGGUAAUCUCUAUAAUGAUGAAGUUGUUGCAAUAAAUGAUCCAGAGCUGGGAAAUGAACAAAAUGAAAGGGUAAUUGGUUCGAGACAGAGUUCAGGUUCUGUUACUACAAUAAUGGAGCAUAAUAGCAUAGAACCAAUACACAAGGAAGAAGGAAUUGUUGAGAAAAAUAUCACAGUUUGGAAUCUAGAAGAUAAUUUUGCAGCAGAUCCUUUCAAAAAAAAUAAUUUUGCAGCAGAGAAGGAACCUGAAGAAUAUUAUGGUAACUUAGUCAGUAUUGCUGAGGUCAAUGGAAAGGAAUUUACAGGCUUACAAUCAUCUUUGUCAGAUCAUCAUCAUAUUGUGAAUGAAGAGAUACAAAGAAAAGACAAUGGAGUAACCAGAAUAGUAGAGUUUGAUAAAGAGUCCAUAAAGGAAAUUUUAGAAGAAGAUAAGGUAAAUAGUGUAGAAGGUCUAGGUCUCCAUUUUGAUGCACACGUAGUGGCAAAGGAGGGAGGAGACUUAUCCUAUCUACCAAAGGCCAUACCAUCAACUCCUCUUCCAUCACUAGAAGAUAUUGACAGGGAGGCAUAUAGAACCAGAGAUAAACAAGAAACUAUUACAAACCCACAAGGUGACCAGUCUCAGCAGAUACUGCUUGAAAAAUACAAGGUUUUGAAACUUGAGAAUGGUGAGAUUCUUAGAAAGUGUAUGCAGUUGGUGGGAGAUAGCUCGAAUGUAGUCCUAAUCUCUACUGAUGAUAUCAACCAUGAGAAAGUAGAUAUAGACACUAGAUCUUCAUAUUUUACCUUUGAAGCCAAUCACUAUCAGAAGGAAGUCACAGAAAGCACUGCAGCUGCAGCCUUUACUGCUCAAUGCAAUCAGGUGAAAAUCACAGCAAGUGUUGAUACGGCUACUGAGGAACAACAUUCUCUUCAGACAUCAACUCCAGGGAGAGAAGCCAGUGAAGUGACUCCAUUACUUCAGGGAGCGCAAAAUAUAGGUUUUUCCAAUUCUAUUGAGCAUCAUAGCCAAGUACACAUGGAAAUCCCCACAACCGACAUUGCUGUAAUGCAAUUUAAAGCUAAAGCUGAGGAAGAAUCUGAGAGUAGCCCACUGUUAAGCCCCAGGGAACCAUUAGGAGACUUCGGAAUACCAAAUCAUUCUGCAAGAUUUAAGAAACCAUUUCAGAGCUUGCUGACUAAAGGCGAAGCUGGUAUGUGGUCUCCAUUGAAGGAACUAGAAUCAAACUCGAAGAGUAAUACCAUGGUUAGUUCACCAAGAAGCAAAGAAAAGCAGAAGGCAAGAUCCUCUCUUUUUACCAGUUGCAUGUGUUGUACCACUGCUACAAACUGAUGUAUGUCUCCAUGUGUGAUUUGUUUUAUUCUUCAGUGUUUGGUUGAUUGUUUUGUCCCACAUGCUUGAUGAUUGAGUUGGUAUAAUGAAUGAUGUAUUGCAGUUCCCCAAGAUAUAAAUUUGAAGAUAUCACGGUUUGUACUUGAUUGGGUAUAUGAAAAUUUACACUGGUGUAUGUGAUGAAA